ACGAGUCAGGAUUUUAUGGAUCAGACUACAAUGACUACAACAACUGCAACAACUAUGGCUCCGAGUCCAAAUACACCAAAAUCUAGCGAUUCGAUUUCGUUCAAUGCGAAUUCGAGAUCGAAAAGCUGUACGAAACGGAAGACAAAUGGCACUCGUGAAGAUCCUCAAAAGACCGCAAUGGACGAGAAAGUUGGCGAACAGCCAGUCGUCCCGAACUCAAAAAGUCCAGAAGACAAUAAGAAAAAAGAGAAGGACUUUGGGUUGAAAAGCGAAGAAGUUCCUGUGAAAAUUGUCAAAAAGAAAGUGGAACCACCGAAGAAAGAGGAACAGGAAGCCAGUGUUUUUGAGGUGAUUUAUUUUGUGCAAAAUGGUGUGUAUGGGGAUACUGUAGUUCUAAUAGAAGACCACCAAAACUUUGAGCUCCAUUAUCUCAAUUCCUUAGACAACUUUUUGAUAUCUUUCACAGGAAUCAAAAUAAUUGAGCUCAAAGUUAGCGGUUUGGGUGGGUAUCUAACAGAGGAAGUCGAAGGUCCUGCUGCUCCUGCCCAAUCUGGAACUCAUGGCAUCAAAAAUAAAAUGCGCUGGAAAAUUGAUGUCGAGGGAGCGGAUGUAAACGGAGAUCAGAAGAUGUCAAAGGUUCUGGAGAAAAUGGCUCAAUUGAGAAAAAAUAGCAAAAUGAAGAAGUGCAAAGCGGUUGAUGAGAAAAAGGCAAAAGUUCCGAUGAUGGCACUUCUAAUGGCUUGCAAGGAUCUUCUGUACGUUUCAUGGUCAAAACCAAAUCAUGAAGUGGAAUAUACAUUGGACGGCACUUGGGCUGGUAUGACUGUCAAAAAGGGAACCGGAGCGGCUGUUCAGAACAGCAUGGAACUUUUUCAUCACUCAGGGAAAAAAAUCUUUUCAAAAAAACGGGCACACUGGGGUCCCAAAGUGGGUCAAAAUGCGCGUCCCAGUAAAUUUUGCAAAAAUUUUCAAUUGGCUGCCGAGUCACGCUGGCUGAGGAUCAAACUUUUAAACGACGAGCGAAAAAAAGCGCGCGUUGCAACCAGUUGA